AUGCUGUGCCACGGCGACGGCCUGCUGGGCACCGUCACGGUGCUGCUGGGCACGGCGCUGGCGCUGAGCCGCAGCCCGGCGCUGGCCUGCCUGCUCUCGGCCGGCCUCUACCUGGCGCUGCACGUCUUCAGCCUGGAGCCCGCGGCGCCGCAGCGGGCGCAGCGCAUCGUGCGGCCCCGCGGCGCCGCCGCCCGCAUCGCCCACCGCGGCGGCGCUCACGACGCGCCCGAGAACACGCUGGCGGCCAUCCGACAGGCAGCUGAGAAUGGAGCAACGGGAGUUGAGCUGGAUCUUGAGUUCACUGCGGACGGUGUUCCUGUUUUAAUGCACGAUGACACAGUAGAAAGGACGACUGAUGGGUCCGGAAGACUGUCCGACUUGACCUUUGAUGAAGUCAGGAGGCUUAAUCCAUCUGCAAAWCAUAGACUAUGGAGCAAAUUCCAGGGUGAAAAAGUACCAACUUUGAAAGAAGCUGUUGUGGAGUCUCUGCAACACAAUCUUAUCAUCUACUUCGAUGUCAAAGGCCAUGCAAACCAGGCAGUUCAAGCUCUAAAACAACUCUACCUGGAGUUUCCUCGUUUGUAUAACAACAGCAUAGUCUGUUCUUUCAUGCCAGAUGUUGUUUAUAAGAUGAGACAAGCUGAUAAAAAUGUUGUAACAGCACUAACACACAGGCCCUGGCAACUGAGUCAUCUUGGAAAUGGGACUGCCCGUUUUGAUGCCUUCUGGAAACAUUACUGGUAUAUGAUGAUGGAUGUCAUUCUAGAUUGGAGCCUACACAGUUUCUUGUGGCGAUUAUGUGGGGUUUCAGCUUUCCUUAUACAGAAGAAUUUUGUUUCUCAAGACUAUGUGAGGCRCUGGUCUUCAAAAGGAAUUCAAGUGGUUGCCUGGACAGUGAACACAUUUGCAGAGAAAAGAUACUAUGAAACAGUCCUGGAAGCCAGCUACAUCACAGACAGCUUGGUGGAAGACUGUGAUCCCCACUACUAGAUGCAUGCCUGCUGGCAUACCUUCCAUUUAAACGGACUACCUUAUUCUGGCAAGGCUGGAUUUCCCAACACAAGGGUAUGCUUGAUGCAGCUGGGACUGCUCAUGAUAGUUCUGGAGAAAGGACGAGCAGGGACCUAAUUCUAUUUGAUCAGAUCUUGAAUGCAGAAAAACCCUCUGUUGUAACAUUGGAUAAAAUUGAGGUGCAAAUAUUGAUAUACACAYUGAGCCUGUGCAAAGAUGAAGAAAUCACAGUGUAAUGCAGAAGGAUUUUGACAAUUUAAUUAGGUAUCAAGCGAUCUUUGCAGAUUGAUGUAUGAUUUUCUGAUUAUUCCUUUGCUUUAUUUAAAUCUUGGCUAUAAAGUCAAAUCAGCAUUUUAUUCAUAGUAUGAUUUAAAAUCAUGCCUUGAUUCUGGUAAUUUAAACUAUCUGCCCUGCAGCGACAUAGUAAUUUGAGGUGUGUCUGUGGUAUCUGAAAAGCAUCUAUGCUACAGUUCUUAAAACAAAACCUGAAAAUAAUAAUGCUGAAGUGAGUUCCUGCUGCAUGGAAGGAUAGCUGUGUUCCCAACAAGGAAGUAAAAGCCAGCUUCUCAUGUUCAGUGUAAAGACUGUGAGCAUUAAUGGUUAAAACUUGAGCAUUUUCUUACUUUCUGGUCUUUUUAAAAGAAGUAAAGGAGGACAGAAAAUCUUUCCUUCCAAUAGUAGCACACAUGAAUGUAUUUACUUUUUAAAAGAAAGCUCUAUAUUGAGUGGUGCUAGCUGUAAAGCAAAUAGAGCUGAAAUGCCUUUUGUAGUUAGUUGGCUGAAAAACUGUUUGCACAAUUGAAGGACAAGGAUUUGUGGGAAUCUGUCAUCCAGAAUUAAUUUGAAGUCAAGUAUUUACAAUAAGCAAGUAGGCAUUUGUACUCUCAAGGUUACUGUAUAUUUUACUAGAUGCUUAUCAGCAGAUUGAUUGAAGUACCCAAAAAUUAGUGCAAGAAAGGUUGCGUGAUUUUUUUAAAUAUCUAAUCAGUGAAACCUUUUUCCCUUGACAACUCUGCUCUGGAGGGAGCUAGUAGUUGGGGAAGAUGGUCAAUGUUAGCAAGAGCAGCUUUUCUUAGCCCAAAUUCAUGGAAAUUUUAUYAAGUCAAAUAACUAAAAUAAUUUUGGAAAACAAGAUACUAAUUUGCUAAUUUCAAUAUAAAUAAGUGAUUCAAACAUUUAAGUGAUUGGUUACCUGCUGCAGUUUGAGGUGUAAUCUCAUAAGAUACCUUUCAACUGCCACAUGUAGCAAUGCAGGAGUGAGUAGAAAGUGUAAUCACGGUGCAGAAAUCUGUCUUGUACUAGUGUGUUGUUAAAUACCUUCUUUGUUUAGGCCUUGUUGCUCUGCAGCUUAGAUCUGCACUGCACACCGGGUGGGCGCUUCCUAACGUGCUGGUGGAGCACAGCACCUGCAAGAAGCCAGAGAGCAGAUCAGGUGGAUCCGUGGUACAGUUUAGUACACAGCUACCACAUUUAAACAGCUCUUGAUGAUACAUCUCAUAGCGAGAAUUAGUUUGCACUUCACACAGCCAGCUAAUAUUUAAAAUCAACCUUAAUAAAAGAAUCGUUUUGAAAAUAAAGUGAACGGUGGAAAAAAUAAACAAUUGCCCCAUUUAAAGCAAGUUUAGUGGCAGGAGAGAAGCAUUUGCCCCCUCACACAGUGAGGCAAUACUCCUGAGUGCAGCUGACAGUGAUGUUGCAAAGUGCAUGCAUGCCCUGCUUUAGAAAUUCUUACUUUCCAGUCUGAUGAGGAAAUCUUUUAAAAUCUUUUUUACYAUGAGGAUUAUCUAUUUGCUACUGUACUUACUCUGUCCUGGAAGAGAGCAGUGAAGGGUAAGAUUAUGAUCAAAUGAGUUGAUGAGAAGAACAAAUAUGAUCUGGAAUUAAAGAGCUACCACCGAAAUAGAGUUGCUGUAGAUGGGCCAAAYAGACAUGGACAGCAAUAGCUAUUACAAACAUUUUCUAAAACAAUGA